CCUCUCAACACCACGACAACAACCACCAACGACACCCAGGACGGCAUAACAGAAUCGUAAGAUCCCUCGACCAUAUCGACAAUAAAUACGACGUCUCUCCCUCCAGCCCUGUCUACUGCUGCCCUCUGCUCUUCCACUUUACCUUUACUUGCCACGCCCGAUGCGUCCGUAAUAACGUACCCAAAAACUGCCCCUCCUUCCUCACCGCCCCACCAGAACAUCGCAAAGCAGAAUUGCUGUUACUGCAUCAAUUACCCUCCACUUUCCUUUACGCCCUUCGUCCGCACAUACACAUAAACCAACAUGGAAAACUACCAGAAGCUGGAGAAGAUUGGUGAAGGUUGGUGCCGCUCUCCCAAAAUGCGCCCUUGCCCCGGCUGCAGAAAAUGCUGCACGCCAACACGGAUCACGCAUGCUAAUUAAACCGUGUCUAGGAACCUACGGUGUUGUAUACAAAGCCCGCGAUCUCUUACAUCCAGGCCGAAUUGUCGCUCUCAAGAAGAUCCGUCUCGAGGCCGAAGAUGAGGGAGUUCCAAGUACCGCCAUCCGCGAGAUCUCACUCCUCAAGGAGAUGAAUGACCCAAAUAUUGUGCGCCUUCUUAAUAUCGUACAUGCCGAUGGACACAAGUUGUACUUGGUUUUCGAGUUUCUUGAUUUGGACUUGAAGAAAUAUAUGGAGGCUCUGCCCGUUUCUGACGGUGGUCGAGGCAAGGCUCUACCAGAAGGAUCUGGACCAGACCUUGGACGACUUGGAUUGGGUGAUGCCAUGGUCAAGAAGUUCAUGAGUCAAUUGUGCGAGGGAGUUCGAUACUGCCAUAGCCACCGAGUCCUCCAUCGCGAUUUGAAGCCCCAAAAUCUACUCAUUGACAGAGAUGGUAACCUUAAAUUGGCUGAUUUCGGUCUUGCACGAGCAUUUGGUGUACCCCUUCGAACAUAUACCCACGAAGUCGUCACACUAUGGUACCGAUCACCAGAAAUUCUACUUGGAGGUCGUCAAUACUCGACAGGAGUUGACAUGUGGUCGGUUGGAUGUAUUUUCGCAGAGAUGUGCACCAGAAAGCCAUUGUUCCCAGGAGAUUCCGAGAUUGACGAGAUUUUCAAGAUUUUCAAGUGAGCUUCUGCCAAUCAAUGACUUGAUCACCUAUACUAACUAUACCCAGGCUUCUAGGUACCCCAACUGAACAGGAUUGGCCUGGUGUUUCUGACAAGACUUGUUUCCCCGACUUCAAAACCUCCUUCCCCAAGUGGCAACGCGACAUGUCUGUCCCUCUCUGUUCCAACCUCGACGAUGCUGGACUCGACCUCUUGGACUUGUUGUUGAUCUACGAUCCUGCAGGACGUCUAUCCGCAAAGGCAGCAUGUCGACACCCAUACUUUGAGGAUGGCAGUGCAGCAUACUCAGGUCGGGGACUUGGACCUACAUAUACUCGGAAUGGGAACAACGGAUACCAUUAAACAAUGAAGCACUCUAUUUGAAUACUGCAUUGCAAUUCGACAGAAAAGAAAUCAUCACAACUUCUAGCACCUAGCUUGAGCUUGGAUAGUCCUGGAAGAAUAAUCACACAAUAUUAUUAUUGGAGCAUAUUCAGAUAAUGGAAGCCAGACGAAGAAGCUAAUGAAAAAUGAGUCUACUCUGAUGGGAUCAUCUAGCACACACGCCUGAUUGUCUCCAUACCAAUUCCACCCUCUCUUCUCGUCUUCUCGACCAGCGGCACUCUUUUAUUUUCCUUGCGUUUUUCUUGCUUGUUCUGGCAAAUUCAAGUGCGCAUUUCAACGAUGGGAUUGGGGGGAAACAUGGGAAAUUUGGGGGCAUUGGGGCGUCACGCUGUUUUUCGUCUUUUUGCUUGCUCCGCUGUUGCCUUCUCUUUUCAUUUUAUGAAACACCUUUGUAUUGUACAGAUUUGGAGGUAGGGUGAUGACAAAAUGACGAUUUGAGUAUCGUGCUUCUUUCUCCCUCGUGUGUAAUACCUUACAGUAUGCAAACGAAAAAAUGACCGCCAUUCCAGAA